AUGAAGCAGAGAUUUUCGUCCUUGGAUGUCAAGGUCAUCUCCCAGGAACUUGCAUCGGAGUUAGUCAACCUGCGAGUUUCGAACAUCUACGACCUUUCCUCGCGAAUUUUCCUUCUUAAACUCGCCAAACCCGACCAUCGCAAACAGCUCGUUGUCGACUCCGGAUUCCGCUGCCAUGUCACCCAAUACUCCCGAGCGACCGCGUCAGCGCCCACUCCGUUCGUGACGCGCAUGCGCAAAUUCCUCAAGUCGCGAAGAGUCACCUCUAUUCAGCAGAUAGGUACGGAUCGGAUCAUCGACUUCUCCUUCAGCGAUGGCAUGUACCACAUGUUCCUGGAGUUCUUUGCCGGCGGCAACAUCAUCAUCACGGAUCGCGAGUACAAUAUCCUUGCGCUGUUCCGGCAGGUUCCUGCCGGCGAUGGACAGGAGGAGACUCGCGUCGGACUUAAGUACACAAUUACUAACAAACAGAAUUAUCACGGUGUUCCCGAUAUCACGCUAGAGAGGGUCAAGGAGACCGUGGAGAAGGCAAAGGCCCUGUUUGCGCAAGAGGGCAAUGCGCCGAAGAAGGUCAAGAAGAAGAAUGUGGAUAUGUUGCGCAAGGCUUUGUCCCAGGGAUUUCCGGAAUACCCUCCCCUACUGCUGGACCAUGCGUUUGCCGUGAAGGCGGUUAACCCCGCUACCCCGCUCGACGAGGUUCUCCAGAAUGAGGCUCUUUUGCAGAAGGUCGUGGAUGUUUUGGAGGAGGCGAGAGGCGAAACGGCGAAAUUGGCUACUGAGCAAAAUCAUCCGGGGUAUAUCGUGGCGAAGGAGGAUACCAGACCAGUUCCUGAAUCGACGUCUCAGGAUGAGGCUUCCUCUAAGAAGCCGGCGCUUCUCUAUGAAGACUUCCAUCCUUUUAAGCCCCGCCAGUUUGAAGGAAAGCCAGGUGUUACCAUCUUGGAGUUCCCUUCCUUCAAUGCUACAGUCGACGAGUACUUUUCAUCAAUUGAAACGCAGAAGUUGGAGUCGCGGCUCACGGAGCGUGAAGAGGCCGCGAAGAAGAAGCUUGAUGCCGUCAGACAAGAGCAUGCGAAGCGCAUUGGUGCCCUUAAGGAGGUCCAGGAAUUGCAUAUUCGCAAGGCGGCUGCCAUUGAAGACAAUGUCUACCGGGUUCAAGAAGCUAUGGAUGCGGUAAAUGGCCUUAUUGCUCAGGGCAUGGACUGGGUUGAAAUUGCUCGCCUCAUUGAGAUGGAGCAUGGCAGGGGAAACCCAGUGGCGGGUAUCAUCAAACUGCCAUUAAAGCUUCAUGAGAACACAAUCACAUUGCUACUUGGAGAGGCGGGCGAAGAACAGGACGAAGGCGAGGAGCUAUUUUCCGACGAUGAGUCUGCCUCAGAAGAUGAACAGGAGGCAGCGGGCAAGGCACAGCAACAGUCGAAUAUGCUGACAAUUGACAUUGAUCUUGGACUUUCUCCUUGGGCUAACGCAACCCAGUACUAUGAGCAAAAGAAAAUGGCUGCCGUGAAGGAGCAAAGGACAACGCAAUCUUCAACUAAGGCACUCAAGAGUCACGAGAAGAAAGUGACGGAUGAUUUGAAGCGGAACUUGAAGCAGGAGAAGCAAAUCCUUCGGCCUGCUAGAAAGCCUUUCUGGUUUGAGAAAUUCCUCUUUUUCAUCUCGUCGGAGGGAUACCUGGUCUUGGGUGGCCGCGAUGCGAUGCAGAGUGAAAUGCUCUACCGCCGUUACCUCAAGAAAGGUGAUGUCUUCGUUCAUGCCGAUCUACAAGGUGCUACGCCGAUGAUCGUCAAGAACAGAGCUAACUCGCCCAAUGCACCUAUUCCUCCGAGCACCCUCUCGCAAGCUGGUAAUCUCUGCGUUGCUACGUCCAGUGCUUGGGACUCCAAAGCAGUUAUGGCAGCUUUUUGGGUCAACGCGAGCCAAGUCACUAAGACUGCCGAUGUGGGAGGCAUCCUCCCUACCGGCGAGUUCCUCAUCAAGGGCGAGAAGAACUUCUUGGCUCCUUCGCAGCUCGUCUUAGGAUUUGCGGUCAUGUUCCAGGUCAGCAAGGAGAGUCUCCGGAACCAUAAGAUGCACCGAUUUGACGAUCCUGCGGCCACAGAUGUGCCCGUGGGAGAUCUUGAAACGGAAAAGAAAGUAGAGGGCAAGCCCACUGUCGAGCAAGAAGCGCAGCCCGUUCAAACAGCGUCGGGUGCAUCGACCGAAACUCAAAAUGCCCAACCCAAUGAAGAAGAGGACGAAGAGAAGGAGGAAGAGGUUGAGGAGCGGAAUGGUAACCCUGAAGACGAGAGUGUGGCCUCGCCACAAACCCACAACAUGCGGCAACUUUCAGCAAGAGAAAGGCGGCAGGUCCGAAAAGGGAAUUCCCCAGAGGUGCUGGAUGGGGAUACCAAGGGGAACCCAGCAUCUAACGGGACGUCGGCAAAAUCAGCGAAUACCAAACAAGCUUCUGGUCCAAGCCGGGGCAAAAAGGCCAAAGCAAAGAAGGCUGCGGCCAAGUACGCUGAUCAGGAUGAAGAGGAUCGUGAAUUGGCUCUUCGCUUGCUAGGCGCCAAGAGUGCCAAAGCUGAAAAGGCUGCCGCAGAAGCCGAGGCCAAGGCCAAGCGUGAAAGAGAAGCAGAGGAAGCGAAGAAACGACGCAGAGCGCAGCAUGAGCGUGCUGCCGAAGCGGAGCGUAAACGACAGGCUCUCUUUGAGGGCAGUGUUGAUGACUACGACGAAGAAACCGCGGCUACAGAGGCGGCAGACCUGGAAUGGAUCCCCGCGUUGAUUGGCACUCCUCAUCCGGAGGAUGAGAUUCUCGCCGCCAUCCCCGUGUGUGCUCCCUGGGCCGCACUGGGUCGGUAUAAGUACCGGACCAAGUUACAGCCCGGUGCAGUGAAGAAGGGCAAGGCUGUCAAGGAGAUCAUCGGGCGGUGGGUAGCCGAAACGACAACUGGAAAGGUCAAGAAGGAACACGCUGAAGACGCUGGCAUCGACCGAGCUACAGCCGAGAAGCUUCGUGCGCGGGAAGGAGACCUGAUCAAGGGGUGGAAGGAUACUGAGGUCAUCAACAGCGUUCCCGUUGGCAAGGUGCGCAUCAUGGCAGGACCAUCUCCCAGUGGAGGCGACAAGGGUAAGGGCAAAGGGGGCGGUGGCGGUCAAUCUGGUUCUGCUCCUGUCUCGCCUCAUUGCUGGCGGUUCGCUUCCACCACAGCCACCAUGACGCCCACAGCUUCCACCCGAAUCGUGUCGGUCCGCCGACUCAACAAAGAAGGCCCCGGAGAUCGAUCUCUCGCCGAGUGGUGGGUCAACGAGCGCGAUAAUCAUACCCCAGAAGCAGUUGCCAUCGAGGAAGCGGCGCAACUCCUCCGAACCAGCGAUAUCCCGGUGGCUUUCCCUACGGAGACGGUGUAUGGACUAGGCGCAGACGCAACACGGAGUGCUGCCGUGCAAGGGAUCUACAAGGCGAAGCAAAGGCCGUCGGACAACCCAUUAAUCAUACACAUCGACUCGCUUGGUAUGCUGGAGCGAAUACUCAACCCCGAGCAGGAGAGCCCCACGCGCAUCACGACGACCGCGAAGAACGCCAUUCCCGCCAUCUACGACUCCGUCAUUUCUCGCUUCUGGCCCGGCCCUCUUACUAUCCUCCUCAACAACCCCUCCGGUUCCCCUCUCGCGCGCGAAGUCACUUCCAAGCUCACUACAUUUGGUGUGCGCAUGCCCUCAUCCCCGCUCGCGCGCUUGCUGAUCCAUGUGACGGAUCGGCCUCUGGCGGCUCCCUCGGCCAACGCAUCGACCAAGCCCUCCCCGACGGCGGCAGAACACGUAUACCAUGAUCUGGAGGGUCGCAUUGAGCUUAUCCUCGAUGGCGGCUCCUGUGGUGUCGGAGUUGAGAGUACGGUAAUCGACGGGCUGUCCGAUCCUCCGGCUAUUCUUCGACCGGGCGGUAUUGGUAUCGAGGAGCUACGGGAAUGCCCUGGGUGGGAGAAUGUACAGGUAGGAUACCAUGACGGCACGCUUGAUGUAAAAGAGGUUCCUCGCGCACCGGGCAUGAAGUACCGACACUACUCACCCAAGGCGCGGGUGGUGCUUUUCGAGGCCGGUUCGGAUGAGCAAUGCGUCGCAAAACAUAUCCGCAAGGACCUGGAAGAUUCGGCGAUCGGGGCGCAUAUGAUCGGAGUGGUGCGCACACGAAACUGGAAGCGGGGCAUGGGGUUGCUAUCCGAGGAUGAAAUGCAGAAGACUCUGAAGCAAAUCCCGUCCCUCGUGGAUGAGCUGGUAGGGUUCUCUGUUCCGGUGAGCAACAAGGUCAACGGCUGCACCGCUACCAAAGAGACCUUCGACUGCCACCUGGGCACGGACAUCAAGUCCAUUGCGCAGGGCUUGUUCUCCGCGCUGCGAGCAAUGGAUGAAAUGGAGGUAGACGUCAUUUAUGUCGAGGGGGUGCCCGACCAGCAGGGCGAUCUGGCAGCUGCCGUCAUGAACCGGCUGCGCAAAGCCGCUGGAGCGGAACUUCGGGUAUAA